AAAUAGAGGGUGCUCAGCUCGAGCGGCAGCCACCUUGCUCGGCUCCCACCUCCUCCGAGCUUCCAUUUCCGGCGGCCGGAAUCAGAUGGCUCCGGCGGCCUGAUUCCGGCGUGGCGAGAAAGGAUGAACAGUGGAAACAGUGAACUGAUAAUGGGGGAGGCAGAGGAGGACCGCGCGGCCGGCUGCUCCUUCUCGCUCAUGUGCCUGGAGGACGGCGCCGACCUCGGCGGCGGCGUCGACGACGGGAAGCUGCUCCUGCUGUACGGGGAAGCUGAGGAAGAGGAAGAGGAGUACAUGGGCCACCUCGUGUCCAAGGAGAGCAGCUUCUGCAGCUCGCCUUCCCCGUCCUCGUCCCCUGCCUCCUCCUCUGACGCCGGCGCCGAGUCGCCGCCGUCGCCGGUGCCCUCCUCCGAGGACUGGUUCCGGCGCGCGCGCCGGGACACCGUCAAGUGGAUCAUCGAGACUCGAGCUUGCUUCGGCUUCUCCCACCGCACGGCGUACCUGGCCGUCUCCUACUUCGACCGCUUCUGCCUCCACCGCUGCUUCGACAGGUCGGUGAUGCCGUGGGCGGCGCGGCUCCUGGCGGUGGCGUGCGUGUCGCUGGCGGCGAAGAUGGAGGAGUACCGCGCGCCGGCGCUGCCGGAGUUCCGCGCCGACGACGAGUACGACUUCAGCUGCGACUCCAUCCGGCGGAUGGAGCUGCUGGUGCUGUCCACGCUGGGGUGGCGUAUGGGCGGCGUCACCCCCUUCGACUACCUCCCCUGCCUCUCCUCCAGGCUACGCCGCGGCGGCGGCGCCGGCGGCGGUCUCGCCGCUGCCAAGGCCCCCGCCCUCAUCUUCACAACAGCCGAAGCUGCGAGCGUGCUCGACUACCGGCCGUCCACCGUGGCCGUCGCCGCCGUUCUGGCGGCUAGCCAUGGUGGCGCUUUGUCAAAGGAGGCGCUGGAGUCGAAGAUGAGCAGCAUCUCCCCAUCCUGCCUGGUUGACAAGGAGGACGUGCGCGCCUGCCACAGCCUGAUGCUGAGCGCGAGCGAGAACUCGCCGGCGGCCAAGAGGCCGCCGCCGUCGCCAUGCAGCCCCGGCUCGAUCGGCGCCGGCGGCAGCACGUACGAGCCCGUGACCGUCGACGCGGCCUCCUCCCCGUUCGCGGCAGCGGCGAGGAGCAGCAACAAGAGGGCGCGGCUGCUCGAGCUGCCGGCCGUCGGCCGGUGAGGAGCGCCGCCGGGACGGGCACGUUUUUGUCAGCCGUCCUACGGUGGCAGCAGCUCCGAUCGACGCAGCUAAUUAAUCAUGUUCACGGAUCUUAGUGUGUUUCCUUUAGUUCUUUGAUCGCCGGUGGCGCUGCCAAAUAAGCGGUGAUUGGCAGCGCCGCCCGCCGUGUUGGAUUGCCGAUGUUCUUGUGUGAGGUUGAUGAGAUCGAGCGAGAGCGAGAGGAUGAAGAAAAGGACAAAAAAACAGAGAAAGAAGAAUGAAGAGGGUGGCGAUGGCCGAGCUUGAGCUCCUUUCCCGAGGAUAGGGGAGAUGUCAAGAAAAUCUCGAAGGUGUGAGCACAUAAUAUAAGGUCCUGUUUAGUUCCCAC